AUGUCGGCGCGGGCCGCGGGUGACGUCAGAGCGGAGCAGCGCAGCGCGGCGGUGACCAGGCAGCGGCAGCGGCGCCCGCGGCCCCGGCCCGGCGAGGGCGGCGGCGGAGCAGGAGCAGGAGGCGGGGGCGGAGGCGGGGGAGGAGGCGGAGGAGGAGGCAGCGGCGCCGGCCCCUCCGCCACCGCAGCGGCAAUGGCGGCCGUCGGGGAGCGCCGGUCCCUGCCCAGCCCGGAGGCGAUGCUGGGGCAGCCCUGGAGCCACUGGGUCGAUGCUGCUAAACUUCACGGGAACGACGGAACAGCAUUAGAAGAAAGUUUGAAGGAGUACGGGAAGAACCGGGAAGCGAUGAGGCUCUGCCGAGAAGAUAUGCCAAUAUUUGGUCUUUGCCCGGCUCAUGAUGAUUUCUAUUUGGUGAUGUGUAACCACUGUAAUCAGGUCGUAAAACCACAGGCAUUUCAAUCACAUUAUGAAAGAAGACACAGCUCCUCUAGCAAGCCGCCUUUGACUCCUCCUUCCUCUUCAGUAUUUUCCCUCAUUUCAUCUUUCCCUUCAAAAAACAAAGGUAGCAGUGGAAGUGGGAGCAAUCGUUCAUCCAGUGGAGGUACUAGUGCAUCAUCAUCCAAUUCCAAGUUGUUGAAAUCACCCAAAGACAAGCUGCAGAUCAGUGGAAACAAUAGGCUAAUGCAUCCGGUACAGCAUAGCAAAGUUCCCCAUGAUAAAAUCAUGACUCCAUCUGUCAAAGUGGAAAAGAUUCAUCCAAAGAUAGAUGGUGCCCAACUGAAAGCUGCUGUUGGUCCAACUUGUUCUACUACUGUGAGUUCCUCAAUAAAGACUGGCCUUAAUUGUCCCUCAAUACCAAAGCCACCCUUGCCUUCCCCUGGACAGAUACUGAAUGGUAAAGGUCUUCUCUCUGUGCCUCCAUUUUUGGAAAAGAAACCUGAAGAAAAUACAAAUAAUAGGAAAUUUCUACAUAAAAGAUUGUCAGAGAGAGAAUUUGAUCCUGAUAUAUACUGUGGUGUCAUUGAUGUGGAAACCAAGAAGCCCUGCACUAGGUCUUUGACAUGCAAGACACAUUCCUUAACCCAGCGGAGGGCUGUACAGGGUCGAAGAAAACGAUUUGAUGUGUUGUUAGCCGAGCACAAAAGCAAAACCAGGGAAAAGGAGUUUCUUCGACAUUCGGAUCAUCAUCAGCAGAUGCCCCCUCUCAGGGAACCACAUCCCUCACCUACUAAAACUUCCCAGGAGCUGCACCAAAAUUCUCAUGGAGUUACUCUUACAGAAUCAAAGCCUUUAUUACCUAAUAAACCCAAACCUCACCCGCCCAGUCUUCCAAGGCCUCCCGGCUGCCCAGCCCAGCACAGUGGAAAUGCCCCGAGCGAUUCUCCUUCUGUCCACGAGUCCCCACACCCUCCCUUGCCUGCAGCUGAGCCAGCAUCUCGGUUAUCCAGCGAUGAGGGAGAAUGUGACGAAAAGGAAGAGCCCGUUGAAAAACUGGAUUGUCAUUAUUCAGGUCAUCAUCCUCAGCCAGCCGCUUUUUGCACAUUUGGUAGUCGGCAAAUUGGAAGAGGUUAUUACGUGUUUGAUAAGCGGUGGAACCGUAUUCGAUGUGCACUUAACUUCAUGGUGGAGAAGCAUCUUAAUUCACAGAUGUGGAAGAAAAUUCCUCCGGCAUCCAGUACCACGACAUCCGUUCGUGCCCCGCAUCGGACAAACUCAAUGCCUGCCUCCCAGUACGGCGUCAGUGCAGCAGGUUUCCUCUUGCCCACCACGGUUAUGUCAUCGCCAGCACUGGUGUCUCCUUCCUCCGUGUCUCUGAACAGCAAAUCGGUACCGUCGCACGGAACUACGCUAAAUGCCAAUCCUGCUGCUUUGGGUGCAGUGGAUCCUGUCUGCAGUAUGCAAUCAAGACAAGUGUCUUCAUCCCCUUCAACACCUACAGUGCUUUCCUCCGUACCUUCACCUAUGCCCAGCAAACCUCAGAAAUUGAAAUCCAGCAAAUCUUUUAAACCUAAGGAAUCUUCUGCUGGCAGUGGCACCUGUAACAGCACCGGCAGCGCCAGCAGCAGCGGCGGCUCAGGAAAGAAGCGUAAAAACAGUUCCGCACUGCUAGCACCUUCUCAUUCCACAGAGUCCUUUAGAAAAAACUGUGUGGUUAACUCUGGAAACUCUGGGACCUCCUACCACCCGUCGGUGACGUCUUCGUCCCACAGCGUUGGCCUCAACUGUAUGACUAGUAAAGCUAACUCCGUUAGCCUCAAGCAUGACCAAUCAGGGAGGGGUCCUCCGACUGGAAGCCCUGCAGAAUCCAUAAAAAGAAUGAGUGUGAUGAUGAACAGUAGCGAUUCCACUCUCUCCUUAGGGCCAUUUGUUCAUCAGUCCAGUGAGCUGACUGUCAAUUCACACAGCAGUUUUUCACAUUCGCAUCCUUCCCUAGAUAAAUUAAUAGGAAAGAAAAGGAAGUGCUCACCUGGUUCGAGUGGCAUAAACAGCAGCAGCAGCAGCAGCAAGUCAAACAAAGUUGCCAAAUUGCCAUCGGUGAAUAAUGUUCAUGCAAAGCACACUGGUGCAAUCCCAGGGACACAAGGACUGAUGAACAAUUCUCUCCUUCAUCAGCCAAAGGCCCGUCCCUGAUAGCUGAAUACACCAUGGUGAGGAAAGAACUGGACAGUUUUCACUACAAGCAAAACCUCCAUCUGGAAUUCUGAACUCCAAGAUGCCUUGAGUUAUCCCAGCUUCCCAUGGUCCUCAGGUGUGGAAAUCUACUGGACUGUCACUCAAGCAAGGAAUUUCCCUGAAGCCAUGUCUGUAGCAGUGAAUAUACUAGAAAUGGACACUGGAUGAAGUUCAGCCACAUAAUUGCUCUUAUCAGUGUUAACGGUGGUCUGGACUGUUUGCUACAAAUCUGUGAGAUUUUUACUUACAGGAGUACAUCAUCUUGCCACUAUUUGACAUAGAUUGGCUGGGCAAAAGAAUGUUUUCUGGGGGGGGAAAAACCAUUACUGUGGACUUAUUUUUAUACUGAUGGUGUCUUUUGUAGGUGGUGGCUCCCAGACAGACACUGUCAAUAGAGAGGACCCCUCCACGCAGGGGGAAAUGUGUGCGGCACAAUGGAAAGAAGCCCUCGAGAAGGGAAUAUGGCUUUAGUGUUUUUAUAGCAAUGUUCCUUUAAUGGAACAUCAAAAUAGCACAAUUAAAAAAAAAAUAAAUAGUCUGUGUUUUGCCCAGCCUUUUGCAAGUAAUUUGGGAUAAGAAGCUAUCAGGAGUUUCAAAAAAAAAACCUUAAAAAAAAUACACAAAAAACAAAAAGACUUGUUUGAGGCCAUUGCUCAGAGAACAAGUAUAAAAAUAAUGUUGUAUUUGCAUGAUACAGAAAUUAUUUUCUAUUAUUUUGAAUACGAUUUGAUUGCUGAAGAAAGUAAAAGUUAGUUAAUUUUGUUUAAAAGAAAUCCAAAAAUAGCAAACGGACAAAGGCAAAUAACCUCUAAAACUAUAUGCCCAAAGAACAUAUUUCUUGACCUAUACUGUAUACCACGAGCC